UGGCGUCUGUUAAACCUUUGCAACUGUCUCAUAAACAACAUCACUACAUCACUCCCAAACCCUAAUUUGCUUCUUUUGCCACACUCACCUCAAAACUCUCUCUCCCAUAUAAAAACGGUACCUUUCACACAUUGAUUCUUCCAUUGAUUCUAUAAAGUUUCAAUUUUUAUAACUUUUUAAGUCAAUAUCUGAAUACCCUUUUUGUUUAUAGUUUAGAUUCUUUGUUUAGUUUGCCACGUGAGGGUUUAGGAAUUGGUGAGAGAGAAGCAAUUAUGGUGAUUGCUGAUAGUGAGAUUAGUGAAGAUCAGAAGGAAAUUAGUGCUCCUAAGUCUCCAUGGAAGAGACCUAGUGGAGUUGAUGGGAAGAGUGUUGAUGUUCCUGUUAUGGUGAUUGGGACUAAGUCUUGGCCAGCUCUUUCUGAUGCUCAGACUCAGAAACCUAAGAGUCAUGUUGAGACUGUUUCUGCUAAGGUGGAGGAUGCUGCUGCUGUUUCUGUGACAAGUGUUGGUGAGGUUGCUCCAAGAGCUUCUUCUGUUGUUCAGAAGUCGAAUGGUUCGGGAAACUUCAAUCCGUUGAAUAAGAUGCCGUCACCACGCUAUCAAAAGCCAGGGCCUAAGCGGAACAAUCACAACAAUGAUGCAACUCACUUUCCUAUGGCGCCGAUGCCUUAUCAUCAGCAGCCUAUUCAUCCGUUUUUUCAUCCUAUGGCACCUCCGCCGCCUCACAUGGCUGUUCCCGCGUUUGCUUAUCCACCUGGUUCGGGGCCUUAUCAGAAUGUUGAUAACCCUAUGAUGAAACCUGUGCCCCCGGCUGCUGGACAAGGUUUUGCUCCACCUGCUCAUGCUGUUGAUGCUAAAAAUGUUCAGCCUCCUGUGCAUGGGGAUCCGAAUGCGUAUGUUAAUUAUCCAAAUGGAAGACCGAAUAUCCAAGAACAAGGUGAACAUGGGAAUCAUGGUUGGCAUCACCAAAGACCCUUUCCUUCCAGACCAAACAUUCCUAUGCAACACGGUAUGGGCCCAAGGCCAUUUAUAAGACCUCCGCUUUAUGGUCCACCUCCAGGGUACAUGGUUGGUCCAAGCUUCCCAGGACAUACGCCAAUGUGGUGUGUCUCAAUGCCACCCCCUGGCUCCAUCAGAGGCCCCCCUCCGCGGCACUUUGCUCCAUAUCCUCCUGUUAACCCAGCACCUCAACCACCGACUCCACCUCAACCACCGGCUCCAGAAACUCUAUCUUUGGAGGCUCGCAUUCUUAAACAGAUUGAGUAUUAUUUUAGUGAUGAAAAUUUGAAAGAUGACCCUUAUCUUAUUGGCGUGAUGGAUGACCAAGGAUGGGUUCCCAUAUCCACUGUUGCUGGUUUUAAAAGGGUCAAGAGGAUGAGCACGGACAUUCCUUUCAUAGUUGAUGUGCUUCAAAGUUCCGAUAAUGUGGAAGUGCAGGGUGACAAGAUAAGGAACCGCAACAAUUGGUCAAAAUGGAUUCAAGCAUCCUCAGGAAAUUCAGAAUCAUCUGUGACUGAGGUUCAACUUGACCAACUUAUAGAGGCUACUGAGAAUUCAUGUCAGAAUAGUGAUGCUGUUGCAGAUAACACUAAGGAGUCUUCUGAAGCAACUCUUAAAGAUGCUGCUCAUGAUUCAACUUUCACAGAGCAGAAUCUGUUAAACAAAGAUACAUUUCAAGUUCCUGAUACGAGCCAAAAACACGAUUCUGACAGUUAUCAAUUCAAUGAUAAAUCUCAUGCAGUUACAAGCAAAACUGACACAGCUCGUAUUAAUUUCUUUUGCCGCCCACAAGAAACUGAGAGUAAAAGCAAAGUAGUUGACUACAAUAAGACUAGAAACAUUGAUGUUUCGGCUGAUGAUUUUGGCAAUACAUUUUUGCUUGAUGAAGAGAUAGAGCUUGAGCAGAAGAAGACUGACCUUUCUUCUGCUGGAAGGAUUGAUGAUGAAGAUGAUGAGAUGGCUGUCAUUGAGCAGGAUGUUCAGAGACUUGUAAUCGUUACUCAGAAUGGUGAUCCUAAAAAGGAAACUAGUGGUAGUAAAGAAUCAAAAACCAUUUCCAAUGAGCUUGCUUCUCAAAUAAAUGACGGACUUUACUUUUACGAGCAGGAACUUAUACAUAGUAGAAGGUCGAAUCGUAGAAAGAGUAACUCUAACAACAAAGAGCGGAGUUUAAAAUCUCAAAGCCAUACUUCAGGAGCAUCAAAUAUAAACGCAGGCGAGAAUGCUGUUGGAAGUGUUGAAGAACCCGGAGGCAAUAAUUCUCGAAGGAAACAAAAAAACUUUCACAAGUAUCAAUCUUCUCUUACACAGCGGUUUUUCUCAUCCAAUUUUAGAAAUCAUGGAACCGGCCGGAACUCUCAUGGAGUUAUAUCUGAAAGCCCGCCUAGUAAUUCAGUUGGUUUUUUCUUUUCUUCCACGCCUCCUGAAAAUCACAGUCUCAAGUUUUCCAAAUUGAGUAGUUCACCUCAUGGCCAUGGUGGUCUUUCUGGAAGUAGUCCGCCUGUAGGUUCACUGCCAAAGUCUUUUCCACCUUUUCAGCAUCCAAGCCACCAGCUUUUAGAAGAAAAUGGUUUCAAACAACAAAAGUACCUGAAAUAUCAUAAAAAAUGCUUGAAUGAUAGAAAGAAACUUGGAAUUGGCUGCAGUGAGGAAAUGAAUACGUUAUAUAGGUUCUGGUGCUAUUUUCUUCGAGACAUGUUUGUUCCUUCUAUGUAUGAUGAAUUUAAGAAAUUAGCAAAGGAAGAUGCAGCUGCUAAUUAUUAUUAUGGCAUGGAGUGCCUUUUCAGGUUCUACAGUUAUGGUUUGGAGAAGGAAUUUAGAGAUGAUUUGUACAAAGAUUUCGAACAGCUUACGCUGGAUUACUAUCAUAAAGGCAACCUGUAUGGCCUGGAAAAAUAUUGGGCGUUUCACCACUACCGCAAGAUGCGCAACCAAAAAGAACCACUGCAAAAACAUCCUGAUCUGGAUAAGUUGCUUAACGAAGAGUAUCGAAGUUUGGAGGAUUUCCGCGCGAAAGAAAAGAAUGCGGCCAAAGAUGUCACAAAUAAGUUUGAGUGAUGAUAUGCCAUAAAUAGUAAAUACAUGUGGCACAUGAGUUUUGACGGCAUCCACAAUUUUGAAAGGAAAUUCACCCUAACAACUUAGACAAUAUGAGUUUGCGUAGCGGCAUGCGUUUUUUUUUCCGUUUGAAUGGAAAAAAAGAGGAAAGAUCCUUUUGUUUGUUCUAUAUAUAGAUUGAGAUUGGUUGGUGAUGAUGAUUACCAAGUCUUUUCAAAGUUUCUUUGAUGGAUCAUUCUAUAUGGUGUAUACAUACACUUUGAUCCUUUUCAUUGAUGGAUCAUAUAGAGACUUGGAGAGGCACAUUUUCUUGUCUCAAAAUGUUGUUGUGUACAUAAAGAUAAGAUGAUAGACUUAGAAGAUGUUGUCAACAUUACAAACAUAAGAUGGAGGAUUAGGAUCUUUGUCUUUUAAUUUUGAUGGUGGUGAAAAAUGAGGGAAAAAGGCUUGUACUUUAUUAUACUAAUUACUAUUACUUUGCCAAAUUUGAACAAUAAGAGUGUUGAUCUUCUUAUUGUAACUUUAAAUGCUCAAUCAUUUUAGAUGUAA